CAGGGAUGUAGAAUCGCGGCUCCGUGUCAUUCUGAGGAAUUCAUAACGCGCGCGCUGGUUUCUGCUGAUCUGUUCCAUGCACCCGGAGUGAUUGAUUGAUUGAUCAAUAACGGGAUUUGCGGUGAUAUUGAUAAUGAUGGCUUGCGUCACUGGAGAGAUCUCCACACUCCUCAUCGGACUCUACAUUCUCACCGGUGUCUCCGCAACACACGGCGCUGAUCCACUACAAGGUUUUGUGGAGUUGCGUUUUGUGUUGGAGCCCGAGGACGUGGUGACGGUUCGUGGUGGCGUCCUGCAGCUGGACUGUGAGGCGCGCUCGGAUCAGGGCGUUCCCAUCAUCGCGUGGAAGAAGGACGGCGUUCUCUUGAGCGCGGUGGUGGAUGAGCGGAGACAGCAGCUCUCAAACGGAUCGUUAGUCGUGCAGAAUGUCGUUCACUCCAGACAUCAUCGGCCGGACGAGGGAGCGUACCAGUGUCUCGCCGCGCUAGAAGGCGUCGGAGCGAUCGUCAGCCGAACGGCCAAAGUCAUCGUGUCUGGUCCUUUAAGGGUGGUGGUCCCCACCGAGUCAGUCUCCACCCACCUGGGUGACACGGCUCUGCUGCGUUGUGAGGUCACAGGUGAACCCAUGCCUGUUGUCCGCUGGCAGAAGAACAGAGAGGACGUGCCCUUGACCUUUGACCCUGACAGCAGAGUGGUGGUGCUGCCCUCGGGCUCUCUGCAGGUUAGCAGGGUGCAGCCGCCUGACUCCGCCACCUACCGAUGCCUGGCAGAGAACCCUGGCAGCGCCCGCACGGGCACAGACGCAGACUUGCGUGUGUUACCUGAGCCUGGCGUGUCCAGAGGUCUGAUGUUCCUCCAGAGGCCUCAGAAGGUCACGGCUCUUCAGGGCAGAGACGCCAUUCUCGAGUGUUCUGCCUCUGGCUACCCAAACCCGUCCUUCUAUUGGAUGAGAGGAACUGAGCUAAUACAGAGCAGAUCAAAGAAAUAUUUUCUCCUGAGCGGCAGUAAUCUGUUGAUUAGCAGCGUGACCGACGAUGAUUCGGGAAGCUACACCUGCAUCGCACAGAACAAACAGCAGAACAUCUCGGCGUCCUGUGAGCUCUCCGUGCUCGUGCCACCUCAGUUCCUGAACUAUCCGUCAAACAUGUACGCGUACGAGAGCGCCGACAUCGAAAUGGAGUGUGCCGUUACAGGAAACCCGCAGCCCACCGUCCGCUGGGUGAAGAACGGUGAGGUGGUCAUUCCCAGCGAUUACUUCCAGAUCGUGGAUGGUGGUAACCUGCAGAUUUUGGGUCUGGUCCGAUCUGAUGAAGGAUUUUAUCAGUGUAUCGCAGAGAAUGAAGCGGGAAACAGUCAGGCGAUGGCUCAACUCAUACUGCUACAACCCGUUACCCCGAGCUCAGGCGCCCUCCCCUCCGCUCCCCGUGACGUGGCCCCUGUCCUUGUGUCCAGCCGCUUCGUACGCCUCGGAUGGCGCCCCCCGGAGGAGACGCGUGGGACCAUUGUAACAUACGGAGUCUUCUUCUCUGAGGAGGGCAUCAACAGGGAACGCUCCAUUAACGUGACUGAGGUGGAGAGUUUGCAGUUAACAGUGAAUCAUCUGAAGCCAGAGAUCACAUACUCCUUCAGAGUCGUCGCUUACAACGAGCAAGGACCUGGAGAGAGUUCAGAGGUCAUCAGACUGUCCACUCAAGCCGAGCUUCUGGUUCCUGGUCCAGUGGAGAACCUCCGAGCAGAGGCGAUGUCCCCGACUUCCAUCCAGGCCUCGUGGGACCCCCCAGCACACGCCAACGGCCCCGUGCAGAGUUACCGUCUGUUGUGGACGGAGACUUCAACCGGUAAAGAGCAGAAUGUGGAGGUGGUCGGUCAAAGCUACAGGAUGGAGGGGCUGAAGAAAUUCACGGAGUAUUCUUUACGAGUGCUGGCGGUAAACCGGCAUGGUCCCGGCAUCUCUGAUGAAGACACGCUCAUUACUACACUCUCAGACGUGCCCAGCGCUUCACCACAGAACAUCUCACUGGAGGUGGUUUAUUCACGGAGUAUAAAAGUGAGCUGGCAGCCUUCUCCUCCAAACACGCAGAAUGGAUUAAUCACCGGAUACAAGAUCCGUCAUCGUAAAACAGGCCGGCGAGGUGAACAGGAAGCCAUUGAACCCAACAACCUCUGGUACCUGUUUACUGGACUUGAGAAAGGCAGUCAGUACAGCUUCCAGCUCGCAGCCAUGACGGUGAACGGGACGGGACCGUACAGCGAUUGGAUCACAGCUGAGACACCUGAGAAUGACCUUGAUGAAACUCAAGUUCCAAACCAGCCGAGUUCUUUGCACGUGCGCCCACUGCCCAACAGCAUCAUCAUGAGCUGGACGCCUCCACUGAACCCAAACAUCUUAGUGCGGGGUUACAUCAUCGGGUACGGAGUGGGUAGUCCGUACGCUGAGACUGUGAGAGUGGACAGCAAACAACGAUAUUACUCUAUAGAGAACUUAGAACCCAGCUCUCAUUACGUCAUCUCUCUGAAGGCGUUCAAUAACGCUGGUGAAGGAGUUCCGCUCUAUGAGAGCGCAGUCACCAGAUCGUUGUCGGACCCCUCUGAUCCAUCCGAUGAUGAUUUGUUCCAUCUGUUUGAUAAAUUCCCCACCUCCAUCCCAGACGCCGCCACGCCCAUGAUUCCUCCUGUAGGUGUGCAGGCCGUGGCUCUCACCUCAGACUCUGUGCGGGUCAGCUGGGCUGAUAACUCCAUUCCAAAGAACCAGAAGUCCCCUGAAGUGCGGUAUUACUCCGUCAAGUGGAAGACCAGCCACUCCACUAGCGGAAAAUUCAAGUCGGCUGACACAACAGCUCUAAGUCACACAGUCAGCGGUCUGAAGCCAAACACCAUGUAUGAAUUCUCUGUCAUGGUAACAAAAGGCCGCAAGACCAGCACAUGGAGUAUGACAGCACACGCCACCACAUAUGAAGCAGCACCGAGCUCCGCCCCAAAGGACCUGACUGUGAUUGGCCGAGAGGGACGCCCACGAGCCAUUCUCAUUAGCUGGCAGCCACCACUGGAGGCCAACGGACGAAUCACAGGUUAUAUUGUGUAUUACACUCUGGAUAAGAACAUGCCGAUCGAUGAUUGGGUGAUGGAGCCCAUCAGUGGAGACCGUCUCACUCAUCAGGUCAUGGAUCUGAAUCUGGACACUGUGUACUUCUUCCGUAUCCAGGCCAAGAAUGCUAAAGGUGUGGGGCAGCUGUCAGACCCCGUGCAGUACAGGACGUCUAAAGUUGAGCAUCCUGACAAGAUGGCGAAUGAUCAAGGUCGUCAUGGAGACAGUGGAUACUGGCCCUCGGACAAUAACCUGAUUGACAUGAGCAGUCUGAAUGAGCCUCCGAUUGGUCAGAUGCGUCCGCCGCAUGGUAGCGUGACGCCGCAGAAGAACAGUAACCUGCUGGUCAUCAUUGUUGUUUCCGUGGGAGCCGUUACCGUGGUAGUGGUGGUCAUCGUCGCGUUGAUCUGCACACGACGCUCAUCUGCGCAACAGAGAAAGAAACGUGCGACUCACAGCGCAGGUAAGAGGAAGGGCAGUCAGAAAGACCUGCGACCUCCUGACCUCUGGAUACACCACGAGGAGAUGGAGCUGAAGAACAUGGAGAAGCCCUCGAGCGCCGCCCCCUCCGGCCGUGAGUCACCAAUCCAGAGCGUCCAAGAGAUCGCCCCUGUCAGCCACAGCCAAUCAGAGAGCCAGAUGGGCAGCAAGAGCAGCCACUCAGGUGCAGACGUCGAUGAAGCUUCCAGCUGCAUUUCCACGUUAGAGCGAUCGUUAGCCGCCCGCAGGGCAACACGCAACAAGAUGAUGAUUCCCAUGGACUCCCAACCCAGUAGCACAUCAGUGGUGAGUGCCAUCCCUGUGCCCACACUGGAGAGCAGUCAGUACCCGGGCAUCUUGCCCUCGCCCACCUGUGGCUUCAACCCUCACUCUAAAUUCACCCUGCGGCCGAUGCCCUUCUCCACACUCACCGUGGACCGGAGUUACACUGCUGAGGGCGGAGCUUCAAUCCCCACACAACAACAACAACAACAACAACCUCUGAUUCCUACAGCGCAGUCGGAACCAUCGUUGUCAGAAGAGAUUCCUAGCCGCACAAUCCCGACCGCGUGUGUGCGCCCCACUCACCCGCUGCGCAGCUUCACCAACCCCCUUCUUCCGCCACCCAUGGGCACCAUCGACCCCAAAGUCUACACGCCCAUCAUGGCCCAGACAGGUGGCAGUUUACCCAAACCGCAGGUGAAGACCGCAUCGCUGGGGCAGGCUGGGAAGGCAAGGUCACCGUUACUGCCCGUUUCCGUGCCGACUGCCCCUGAAACCGGUGAGGAGGGGCAGAAACCAGACGACCCGUCGAGUGUGUACGAGCAGGAUGAUUUGAGCGAGCAGAUGGCGAGUCUAGAAGGUUUGAUGAAGCAGCUGAACGCUAUCACUGGUUCGGCCUUUUAACACACACCCGUCCAGAACCGCAGAACUAGAACCCGUGCAGAGGAACCAACACCAAGAACCAGGAACUCUCAGACUGUCUGGUGUUGACGGUCCUCUCUCAGACCCACAGAUCCACAGAAGAAUGACAAACAGGACCUGAGAUUCUCCGCACCCUCCUCUGCUGUCUCGUUGACGCAAAACAACUCUUUUCUAACAUUGUCUGGAAUUUUAUACUUGCUUCUCCUCGCAGAUGUUGUCGGGUUGGUGGUUUCCAGCGGACCCGUCAGUCAAUGUGACCUCCAUCCCACUAAAAACUGAAUUCAGUCUCCAGGAUCAUCCAUUGAAGGAUGUAACCAAAUCGAGAGGGACCAAAUGCACACAUGUAAGAAUCUGCAAUUGGAAAAACUCUAAUCAGAAUAUAACGUCAAUGAUGUGACAGAGCUGGUGUCAUUUUCCAAAUACCUUCAAGUUGCCAAAAUACAGAAGUUCAGAGCUCUUUUUUUUUCGUCUUGCCAUGCAAUUGCUGCCAAGAUCCCUUAAAGUACACUUUACGAGGUGGAUUAUAGAUUCAUACCUGGACGAGGUUAUUUCGGAAGGGGGAUCGGUUUGUCUUGGACGCAGUUACGUCAACGCUUCAUUUGUUGGAUUGAGUUUUGGAGGAAUUAAAAAGCUCAUUUCUCUGGUCAAGCAACGUUAUUUUAUUGUUUUUAUCCCCAUUUUAUCCGUUCACGUCUUGCGAAAAUGCGUCACUGUUUAUUUUUGCAUCGACAAAUGAUGCGUCUGAUUUUUGCCGUUUCUUUUCACAUUGCUUGUUGUCAUGGAAACACAUUGCCCAGAAGACUGACCAAUCACAGGCAAGUGAGUUCACGUAUAGUUCAAGGAUUGGCAUAUUUGCGAGAAAGUGCUGCUCCGUCAAAAUCUUGUUUUUCGUUCUCUUUUCUGUUCACUUUAAAAAAAUUUAACUUUUUUGUUUUGUCUGGAAGAGACAUUUUGAUGUGCCUAUUAUAGUGUGUGUGUGUGUGUGUGUGUGUGUGUGUGUGUGUGUGUGUGUGUGUGUGUGGGGGUGUAUAUUUGUUAAUUUUUUAGUGACUUUACUUUCUGUGUGACAAAUGUUGCUUAAUUCCACGUAUCUAAACCUGCGAGACGAAACGUGUCAAAACGAACGACCAAUUUUCCCACUAUAUGAAGACGGACACGUUCCUAGAUUUGAUAUUUUUCUCAUACCUGUGUAUGUUAACAUGGAGAACGAGUGGAUCGCUGUAACCACACACGUUUUUUACU